AUGGCUGAUAAAAAAGCUAAAAAAGCAGCUCAACGAGCUACAAGUAAUGUCUUUACUAUGUUUGAUCAAAAACAAGUACAAGAAUUUAAAGAAGCUUUUGGUUUAAUGGAUCAAGAUCGAGAUGGAACAAUAUCAUUAGAUGAUCUUAAAGAAGUUUAUGCAUCAUUGGGUAAAUCACCAAAAGAUACAGAACUUAAACAGAUGCUUGAAGAAACUGGUGGACCUGUUAAUUUUACGAAAUUAUUACAAAUGUUUGGUGAUCGACUUCAUGGUACAGAUGCAGAAGAUAUUUUAAUGCAUGGUUUUAAGGCAUUUGAUGAGGAAGGAAAAGGUUUUCUUAAUCGUGACAGUUUUCGAGAAUUAUUAACUGCUGAAGGUCGUCCUAAUGAAAGACUAACUGAUGUCGAGUUCACUCAAAUGCUUGAAGGUGCACCAAUUGAUAACAAAGGUCAACUUGAUUAUGCAGCAUUUACAAAACUAAUCAAACGUGGAAAAGACGAUGAAUAA